UUAUCAUUCAUCAUUUUGUUUCUCGGAUGUCAAUGCGCCAAUAUGUGAUAUUGAAAUUGCAAUCAAUGUGUUUGUUAUCGUUAAAUUUUUUCCAUUUUCAAGUGUGAAAUUGAAGUUGAAGUUACUCUCUACCGUGUUCCAUUAUAGCAUCCCAAAAUGUCUGACAUUAUAUCCCUCCAUAUUGGCCAAGCAGGCGUUCAAAUGGGAAACUGCUGUUGGGAACUGUACUGUCUGGAACACGGAAUCAAUAAGGAUGGUACAAGAAAAGAAAAAAUCGAGGGAGAUAGAUGCUCUACAUUUUUUACCGAAACAGAUUGCGGUAGAUUCGCGCCAAAAGCCAUUUUUAUCGAUCUAGAACCCAGUGUGAUAGAUUCCGUGAAAACUGGUCAAAUGAAAGGGCUGUAUCAUCCAGAUCAGAUGAUCACCCAUAAAGAAGAUGCAGCAAACAAUUUCGCCAGAGGCCAUUAUUCAAUAGGAAAAGAAGUUAUAGAUCCAGUCAUGGACUGCAUAAGGAAAGUAGCAAGCAAAUGUGAAAGCCUUCAAGGCUUCAUGAUAUUCCGUUCAUUCGGAGGAGGCACAGGAUCAGGAUUCACGUCUCUCCUUCUCACCAAGUUGAACGAGGAAUACUCAAAGGCCAGCAAGUUAGAAUUCUCUGUCUAUCCUUCACCAAGAGUUUCCACGAGCAUUGUGGAACCUUACAAUGCCAUUUUUACAACCCACACUAACCUAGAAACCUCUACGUGUACGUUUAUAAUGGAUAACGAAGCAACUUUCGACCUCUGUUAUAAAAAAUUGGGGAUAGAGCGGCCAAAUUAUGUGAACUUGAACCGGUUGAUAGCGCAGGUUGUUUCUUCAACGACCACAUCCCUGAGAUUCAAUGGAUCCCUUAACGUUGAUCUGAACGAGUUCGAAACUAAUCUGAUACCGUUUCCCAGAAUCCAUUUUCCGCUCGUUUCAUACGCACCCAUACCGUCCAAAGACGGUUUUCACAAUAACUAUAAUACUGUACAAAUCACUCAGGAUUGUUUCUCCGGAGAUAACAAGAUGGUGAAGUGCAACAACAAAAACGGGAAGUACAUGGCGUGCUGUUUAUUGUAUAGAGGAGAUAUCAUCCCAUCCGAUGUAAAUAAGGCCCUGGCAACCAUCAAAAUGUCGGUGGAUUUCGUAGAUUGGUGUCCAACAGGAUUCAAAAUAGGGAUAAACACACAGCCUCCGAUGGUUAUACCUGAUGGAGAUACGUGCAAAACACCAAGAGCUGUAGCAGCACUUUCUAAUACAACAGCUAUAGUCGAGGCAUGGUCAUCUCUGAACCACAAAUUCGAUCUUAUGUAUCAUAAGAGGGCGUUUGUCCAUUGGUAUGUUGGUGAAGGGAUGGAGGAAGGUGAAUUUUGCGAAGCAAGAGAAGACUUGGCCGCCCUAGAGAAAGAUUAUGAAGAAUUGUCAAGGAAUUAUGAAGAUGAUGUAGAAAACGAAGCUUUAUCCAUGGAGUAUUAGUUUUUUCACACCACGUUCACAUAAUUUUAUCAUGAGUGUUUUGUCGUUGUUGAACAUUCUUGUUGUUUGUGAGUGAUAUUUUUUAUAUUUUAUUUCGAUUUUGAAUAUUAAUAAAUUUGAGAUAUACGAUUUCA